UAUAUAUAUAUUUUAUCAAAACGAGUGACCUUAAACCAUUAAGCAAAACACGUGAAGCUUACAGGAAAAAAAACUUACGGAACAUGCAAAAUCUUGUACACUACGCUAGCCACAUACAGCAUAAGAAGGCAACGAACCAGGCAACAGAACAGGUUGAGUGAAAAUGGGAUCAAGUGAGAAGAUGCCAGUCGAGGCGGAACCGAAGAACACCAAUGGAGAAAAUGCAUGUCAAGAAGACUCAGAUGUUGAUGAGCCUGAGGAAGACAACCGCUCCCAUCUACCCAUAGACCGCGGGUGGGCAUGGAUCAUCAUGUUAGCGACAAUGUUAAACCAGUUCAUAAUAAUUGGCCAGAUGAAGUGUUUCGGGAUCGUCUUCGUGCAACUACAGGAGAGGUUCCAGGCAUCAUCGUCCGCUACCUCCGUCAUCUUUACCCUACAGAAUGUCACAUAUAGCCUCACAGCGCUGGUGGUGAUGACGGUGGGAAGCGGUUGGUCCGCGCGGAAGACCAUUAUAUCCGGGAGCCUGAUGAGUGUGGGUGCUUACUUCCUUGCCGGUUUCCUAACGGACGUCCGUCAGGCCUACCUUGUACUAGGAGUCCUCAUUGGAGGCUCGACCGCUCUCAUCAAUCCAAACGUCCUAUCCAUGUUGAGCAUAUACUUCAACAAACGUCGCGGCCUAGCUAACAACAUAUGUAACAGCGGGGUGAGCAUGGGUGGUUUGGUGUUCGCUCCCAUCUACACCGCCCUCUUCGUGCAUUACGCGUUCACUGGGACGUAUAUUUUCAUAGCAGGUUUCCAUCUCCACUUACUCAUUAUCGGUUGCCUUAUGCGCCCCCUGUCGUUUUAUGAGAGGCGAAGGAAAGAGUGCCAUUCCAGUGACGCUGGUACUGAGGAUAUUGCUGAAAAUAUUGAAGAAAAGGAACAUCUUAUUGAACAAAAUUUGUAUCGGGAUAUUAAGAGAUGUACGCAUCAAACUUCUGAACAAAAGCAUUUUGGAUCAAGCGGUGCUAUUGAGAUGGAAACUGUUCGCAACGGUAUUCUUAAAAGACAAGUGUGUAGCAUCGAUGGCCACGGUAGGACUUCUGUCAGAAGACGAACUCACAGCGAAAGUGGUCCAUACAAAGCCAGUAUGCAUUCUUUGACUGAUUCCAUUUUCAAUACCAAAACAGCGCGAUUUAUGAGCACUGAUAUCAUCAACAGCUCGUGCCUUGAUCUUGCCAUGACUAAAACAAACCACUCUAAAACAACAGAAAGUAGUUCCAAACGUGAAACAAAUACAAGAGGAAGAAAAAUACGUACCUCUGUAUUGUGGUUUUUGAAACGCCUUUUUGACAUCAAACUUCUCUCAAAACCACCACUGCUCUAUUAUCUACUGUGUAACAUAUUCUUAUGUUCCGGAAGUGCGCUUGUUGGCGCUUUCUUGCCGCCACAUGCCUUUGAGAUGGGCAUUGACAAGGAUCGUGUUGCCUGGAUUGUCUCGGGUCAGUGCAUCGUAGAUUUCUCCGCGCGGUUUGUGUUCGCGUAUUUGUCGGACAAGUCAUGGGUUCAAAGAUCUACAUUGAUAGCUGGUGCGUGUACGUUUAUGGGAAUAUGUGCCCAGUUCGCCUUCUUUAUGACUGAUUAUCCUACCAUUAUGGUAUUCUCCAUGAUUGUUGGAUUCCUGCAAGGCGUCUAUUUCUCGCUCUUUGUCGUGGUGAUAUUGGACAUAUUGACAAUCGAAGAUUUCAAGAGUGCAUCAGAGUGGAAUUCAGUUGGGAGCGUUGGGUUUCAUCUCUCUAGUACAGGGAGUAUCGACCAGCGUAUUUCUCCCGUGUGCAGGGUACCUACGGGACAUUACAGGCGCAUACUUUGUACCGCUUCACUUCAUCGGGGGUUUACUUAUGAUCGGCGGUGUCCUCAUUUACUUCCUACCAAACAUUAACGAUUGGUGCAAACGCCGAGAGAAAACACGUGUCGCACAAGAUGACGUCACUUGAUAUUUGGAGUUGAACAUAGCGAAUGUGUUAGUUUCCGAGUGGCAUCUGCUCAUUACAGCAGACCAGUAUCGACCGCAACAACCAUUUCAAAGCAAAGAACAGAGAGGUGCAGAAAGGCGCACUCACUCAAAUGCGUUUCUAUUAUCAGAUUGAGGUUCCAUAUGAGAUCGGUAUGACUUUGUAACUGUUCAAACAGUAUUAUACAUACAUGUCUAAUAUUACAUUAAAACAUAACAUGGCUAUUAUAA